AUGAAUCAACCUGGAAAAGGGAUUAUAUUAAGAGAAUAGAGUUUUUUAGGAUUAUUUAGAUUAACGACUUAGAAAAAAUGCAAAAAAUAAAUUGAUUUUCAUUUCAACAAGUUAAUAUCCUCAAUAAUUUCAAUAUAUUAUGCAGUUCUUUAUUAUGACUAUAAAUCAUAAAAAGAUAUAUCAAUAAAUAAUCGAGUAAUAUGA